UGGAGGAAUGUGACAGUGUUACUGUUCAGGGUAUGGGAGAUGGGACGGACUGAUUGUAACACACCAGGUGUUGAGGAGUUUUGAGGCGAGGAGCCAGAAACAAAGAAAAGAGGUCUUCUUUUUUGGUUCCCAUGUGUCAGCUUUACUAUCCUGUAUCCAGCUGGACUGUCCACACUGAGCAGCAGUGUGUGUGUGUGUGUGUGCGUGACUUUGGGAGCGGGACGAUAUAAUGGAGAUUAAGCCGCUGACGGAACUUCUCUGGGGUCAUGAGACGAGUCCUCGCCUCACUCUUCUGUAACUCGACCAUCUGGACUUCAGCUUCUUCCUGCCUGCAGGACCAUGGGUAGCGUCAGCAGCGUCAUAAACGGCAACAGCCUCAGCAGCAAACACUGCAAAGCGUCGGAGCACAGGCUGAAAGAGGGAACGAGUCACCACAGAAAGAGCGGAGGCUGCAGCCUGGACGAGCUGCUGAAGUGCAGCUUCACUCAGUGCUCCUCGUCCUCCGCCCAUCCCUCCAAGGGCCUGUCGCAUUCGCGGUCAGGGAGGAGUGAGGAUUUUUUCUACAUCAAGGUGAGCCAAAAGCCGAGGUCCCUGUACCACAGAGAGCGGUCGAUGGAGGACCGAGUGAGCAGAGAUGGUGAGACUGAUGUACGAAUGCAGCCCAAACUGCUGCUAACUUCAGGAAAAAUGAACGAGAAGACCUCUGCAGAGAAGUCAUUGGUCCGUUCCACUGCCUUCAAACCCGUGAAUCCCUCAAGGACUUCCUCCACUGAGACCGGCCACCACAGCCUGGACCACAUCCUCUGUCCUUUGAAGAAAGCACGCAGCCCAAAUAUUAAACAAAAGCAAGACACCUUAGGGACUCUCUCCGAUUCUGGACGCAACUCCAUGUCUAGCCUGCCCACCCACAGCACCAGCGGCAGCCUAAGUGCUUCCACCGGCCCUGUCAGUCAUGGCGAUGGGAGCUCAGCUCUCGCAAGCAGCCUCUGCAAGGGAGAGCAACCCAAUUUCCCUCCGUGGGUCAAUGGGAAUAGCAAUAACCUUGACUGUAGCUACAGGGCUGGUUUAAACACCAACGGAUCGCUACCUAAGGCUAAUGAGGAUACUGGCUCUGCGCUCUCUGCUGAUGAGCCGCCCCUUCUCCCUGAAACUGCAGGUGGGAUUCGGUCCCCCAUUACAACAGAUGAAUCACUGAUUGAACGUUUAGAACAAAGACUCCUAGAGAGGGAAACUGAACUGCAGGAACUGCAGGUGAGUUUUGAGGAGAAGGAAGCAGACACCUGCCAGCUGUUCGAGGAGCGACAGAAGUACUGCACUGAGGAGAUGGAAGGGCUGAAGCAGCGAUGCUCCACAAAGCUGAGACAAGUGUCCCAAAUGGCUGCAAAAACACAUCAAGCACUCCAGCUGCAGGUCAGCCAGCUCCAGGCAGAGAAGAAAAAGCUUGAAGAAGACGUCUCCAAGCUGACUCAAGAGAAGGAUCUUGUCGAGCUCAGGCUCAGGUCCUAUGAAACGCAGAACACGCAGCUCGCCCCAACGCUGGAGGAGACUCAGUGGGAGGUGUGCCAAAAGACGGGAGAAAUCUCGCUGUUGAAGCAGCAGCUCAGAGACUGCCAAGCGGAUGUCGGCCACAAGCUAAGCGAGAUAGUGAGCCUCAGGGCAUCUCUGAAGGAGAACUCGGCGAAAAUGGAAAUACUUGAGAAACAGAAUAAAGACCAUGAAGACAAACUGCACUCUCGCUCCAUUGAGGUUGAGGUUUGCCAAAAUGAGCUGCAGCGCAAAAAGAAUGAGGCUGAUUUUCUGAGGGAGAAAGUGGGCAAAUUGGAGAAGGACAUUCAGGGGAUGAAAAAGGACCUGGCCACGGCCAAAGAGCAGAGGCUGCAGCACAGCUUGCAGCUUGGGGCCCGUUCCCAGACUCAGCCCUCGGAAAGACUGGACCCAGGUUCAGACUCUCCAGACCGAGGCAAGGCGGAGGAAACCGAGGAGCACACCUCCAACGGGUCGCUCCAAAAACAAGUGGAGAGACUGAAGCAGCAGCUCAGGGAGGAGAAGAGCGUUCAGGACAGGCUGGCCAGCGGCUUCGAGCAGGAGCGGCAGACGUGGAACAAGGAGAAAGACAGGGUCAUCAAGUACCAGAAGCAGCUCCAGAUCAACUACCUGCAGAUGCACAGGAAAAACCAGGACCUGGAGAGGAUCCUGAAGGAGGUGACGGCCGAGCUGGAAAGCCGAACAGAGCUUGGCAUGGACCUUCCCUACAGCUCAGGAUUACAAACUUAUGACGACGUAAUUGCCACAGAGAUUUAAAGGGAGCAUGAAUUCAGUAACACUGAAACAGACUCUGAAGUGUUUUUGUGUUUAAUGUCAUUACAGAUAAUUAUCUUUCUCACUUGCAAUAUGACAGAAAGGGAAGCUUUACACACUGCUAAUUAGUGUUUUACACGGGCUGCUUAGCAAAACGGGCAAAAUCUAGAAAAACAAUCCUAUUAAAGCUAGCUUUGAUGUUUACACUGUUUAAAGUAAAUACUAAGUUAUUCAAUGUUCAACAAUAACUUAUUUUAUUUUAUUUUAUUUUAUUUUUUACCUAUGCUGUUAAACAGAUUCACUUCAUGUCCGUACCAUUUAUAACAUAUGCACAAAAUGUUAUGCACAAAAAUAAAGUGCAGUUGUGUUUGGUAAAUGAUUUCUUUGCAGCAAUGCUGGCUGGGAAUGUUGUUGGUUUUUUGGUUUUUUGGUUUUUUUAAACCAUUGGAAAGACUGUCUCUCUUUGAACAAUACUACAUUUGCAAGAAACGUGCAUUUGUGGAAUGAGCAGCAGAGCAGAGUAUGUGAGUUGGGCCCAUGAAAAUUUUUACCUUAUCUUCCCCCUGCCAACAGUUUUUCUUUGCUGUUGCUGUCGACUCUCGGUGUGAGCGUCUGGUACUCAGGUGUCAGAUUGCCACUCUUCAUUGUGAAGAGAUAUCAAGAUGAGAUUCUGCAACCAGCUGUAAUCUUACAUCUUCACAGUCUAGGAGCAAAAUCUAGAUGCGCUCCCCCCAGAACAGCAGUUUUAAGUCAGACUACCUCCAGAGAGGGCAGGAUGGAGCGACCCUCUGGCCAUCCUGACCUCAGGCUCAUUCAACACUUGUGGGAUGAGUCUGGCUGUGUUCUUGGCCUGACAUCCAACAAACACAAAUUGGAAAAAGGGAUUCCGUCCCACCGCAGCGUGUGAGCGGGCUGCCAGGCUGCUGUGGCUAUGCUUUGUUGUGGCUCCUGUUUGUCAAAUGAACAAAUUGUUUAAAUAGCUAAUAUGACUUGUUUCUUCAGGCUUCAAUCUGAAAACAAACCCAAUCCUCCAAGCAAAACAAGAAUCAGCAGCAUGGGCGCAACCCGCAUACUCAGCUCUGCCCUCCACUCCACAGAGGCAUGUUCUUUUCAAAUAUGGCACGAUUCAAAAUGGAAAUAGCUGAACUUCAGAAUCACUUAAGAUUUACUACAAAGGAGCAUUGUUACAGCAACGACGUGAUCUAUCAAACACAAACUGCAUUAUCUGCUGUGCAUAGUUGAGUUUAACGCAUCAUUUAUUGUUUUUUAAUUGAGAUCAUUAAUUAGUACAGACCAGACGACUGCUGAAAAAUGUGUGACUUGAUCAAUGUCCUUUGGUAACACAGGAUAAGCAUGUUGGCUGUUUAACAUCUGUCUCCUCUAGCAUGACAAACUGACAGUGAUAUGUCAUCUGUUGUAAGUGUAGGUCCCUAAACCUUAGUAUUUCAGUGGAACUGUUCGCGCCCACCCACAUUUCUGAAUGGGUGUGAGCGCAGAAAGUAGUCUGCAAACUGUUUUCCUUGUCAUUUCUACUCUGCACACAUCUCAUGUUAUGGGUUAUGGCAGCCAAAAGGUGUCAAAUGUUUCACAUUUUGAAAUGCAUGUCAAAACCAUCUCCAAAUGUCAACACUCGUUCACCCGUUAAUGUGGAAUGUAGGCUGAUAUGCAAACAGACCACGGUGCAGUAAUGUUUUAUAAAACUGUCAGUGUAUUUUUGUCACUCUGCAGAUAUUGUUAAAUUUGAACUUUGUUACCGAGAAUAUUUCACUGGUUAGUAAACUCAACAUGCAAAUCGUUCUGAUUGAAUGUUUCUGUAUUACUUCUGGAGCAAACAUUUUUA